GAAUAUAGUUAGGCCAAACUUACGUAGAGUAAGCAAGAAAUAGAUGACAACAAGAGGAUAAGAACAUAGUUCAGCGUCAAAUAGAUAUGGAAAAUGUAUUAUAAAUAGUAGCAAUCAUCCAGUCUCUAACACGCAAAUUUCAGAUCGAUGAAUCCAAGUUCAUCAGUUAUGGCGGAUAAAUCUGUAGUUAAAACCAACUUCGUGUUUUGCAUGUUUGUCUUGGUGAUAAUCUCAUGCGCUUUCACCGUAGCAGUCGCGACAGUCUCGUACGACAACAAAGCUAUCCUCAUCAAUGGAAAACGAAGAAUUCUUAUCUCAGGAUCCAUUCAUUACCCACGAAGCACUCCUGAGAUGUGGCCUGGUCUUAUUCAGAAGGCUAAACUUGGAGGGUUGGAUGUCAUCCAGACUUAUGUCUUUUGGAAUGGGCAUGAGCCUUCUCGAGGACAGUACAAUUUCCAGAGGAGGUAUGAUAUAGUUCAUUUCAUAAAACUAGUCCAGCAAGCUGGUCUUUAUGUGCACCUUCGAAUUGGUCCCUACGCUUGUGCUGAGUGGAAUUUUGGGGGCUUUCCUGUUUGGUUGAAGUUCAUUCCUGGUAUUGCCUUCAGAACGGACAAUGGGCCAUUCAAGGCUGAAAUGCAAAGAUUUACCACAAAGAUCGUCGAUAUCAUGAAGGCAGAAAGAUUGUUUGAACCCCAAGGAGGCCCAAUAAUUCUAAGUCAGAUAGAAAAUGAAUAUGACCUUGUGGAAUACCAAAUUGGUACACCUGGAGUUGCUUAUUCGAGAUGGGCAGCUACCAUGGCAGUGAAUCAACACACUGGAGUACCAUGGAUCAUGUGCAAGCAACAGGAUGCUCCUGAUCCAGUUAUAAACACUUGCAAUGGUUUCUACUGUGAAAACUUCAUUCCAAAUAAAAACUAUAAACCCAAAAUGUGGACUGAACUCUGGACUAGCUGGUUCCUGGAAUUUGGGGGUCCAACUCCAUAUAGACCUGUAGAAGACAUAGCCCUUGCAGUGUUAAAAUUCAUACAAAAUAAUGGUACAUUCUUUAAUUAUUAUAUGUACCAUGGUGGAACAAACUUCGGCAGGACUUCUGGAGGUCCAUUUGUUGCCACUAGUUAUGAUUACGAUGCUCCACUUGAUGAAUAUGGGCUACCUAGAGAACCAAAAUAUACCCAUUUGAGAAACUUGCAUUUUGCCAUCAAGCGUGCUGAACCAGCUCUAGUAGCCACAAAUCCCAUGGUGACGCCACUUGGGAGAAAUCAAGAGGCUCAUGUUUUCAAAGCACCUGGGGUUUGUGCUGCAUUCCUAUCAAACUACGACCAGAGUUCUGUAACUGUGAACUUUGGAAACGGUCAUUACAUUCUGCCUGCUUGGUCCAUCAGCAUUCUCCCUGACUGCGUAACUGAAGUUUUCAACACUGCAAAGACUAGUCAUCAAGGCUCGCAUAGGAAUAUGGUGCCGGUGGGCGGAGCAUUCAGGUGGCAGUCAUUCACUGACGCUGUUGCCACUCCUGCUGAUAAAGGUUCAUUCACAGCAGAUGGGUUAAAGGAGCAACUAGGUGUCACGUGGGACACCACUGACUAUUUGUGGUACAUGACAGACGUGACUAUAAAACCAGAGGAAGGAUUUCUGAAAACUGGAAAGCUUCCAGUCCUCAGUGUUGAAUCUGCAGGCCAUGCUUUGCAAGUUUUCGUCAACGGCCAAUCAGUUGGAAUUGCUUAUGGGAAAGGUGAAAAUCCAAAAGUAUCAUUCUGGAAGGGAGUGAGCCUGAGAGUGGGGGUCAACAAGAUUGCUUUGUUAAGCGCUACUGUUGGACUUCAGAAUAUCGGCCUGCAUUUUGAAUCAUGGAAUGUCGGAAUUCGUGGUCCCGUUACCUUGUCAGGUGUGAAUGAUGGAAAAUGGGACAUGUCACGAUGGAAAUGGUCCUACAAGAAAGGUCUAAACGGUGAAGAUAUAAGUGUGUUUUCGUCCGGAGGAAGCAACAUUGUGAGGUGGACAGGAGGAGCAGGACUAGUGAUAAAGCGCCCUCUGAUAUGGUACAAGACUAAUUUUGAUGCCCCACAAGGAAAUGAACCAUUGGCUCUAGAUAUGAGCAGCAUGGGAAAGGGUCAGGUAUGGAUAAAUGGCCAAAGCAUUGGGCGCCACUGGGCUGCAAACAAGGCAUAUGGUAGCUGUGGCGCAUGCAGUUACACUGGAUAUUACAAUGAAAAGAAAUGCCUAAGUGAUUGUGGGAGCCCCUCUCAAAAAUGGUAUCAUGUUCCACGCUCAUGGCUAAACCCGAGGGGAAAUUUAUUGGUUGUGCUUGAAGAAUGGGGUGGUGACCCAAGAGGAAUUUCUUUGGUCAAAAGAAUAUGAUGAAAUACCUCUUUGGGGGAAAUCAUUGGUCUUGAUCGAUUGAUUCUUCUACAGAAGCAUAUAGAAGAUAUGUUAGGCAUUAGCAAAUCUUAAGUUUUGUGGUUAUUCCUUCGAUUCAUUGAAUUAUGCCCAAUUCUCCUGUAAAUAGGAGUAGAAUGUGGUGUAAAAUUCAAUCCAAUAUAGUGAAAUAAUGUUUUUCAUUCUA